AUCUAACAAAUAUUUAUGUUUUUAGAGAUUUACCAAAACAUUUUCUGUUUGAAACUAUAGAAUCAAAAAGUUGAAAGGAUGAAGUAAGUUUUUAUCAUGGGGUGUGCUCCAUCCAAGCAUAAAGUUACUGAUCAACCGGUUACGAAGGAUAAUUCCAGAAAUAAUAAUAAUGGUGACGUGAUUGACUGUGAUGUAAAAAGUAGUUCUCAAAACAUCCAGGAUAUAACAGGAGAUGAGAAGGAUGAAAGAAACAUAGCUGAAAACGAUGACACCUAUAAAGUUGGUACCAAAAACAGUUUACAUGCGGCACUCUCCAGUACAAAUCUAAGUAAUUUAUCUACCAAUGAGGCUGGAUAUCGUGCUCGAUCAGUGUCCAUAAAAACUGAUGAUGGUUACACCGUUGAUGAUGUUGACACAUCAAAGAAAGCCGAUGUCGAUGCCCAGGUACUUUAUAAUGCCAUGAGAGGUCUGAGUACGAAUAUAAAUGACUUGAUUGAAGUGAUAAUACCUUGUCACGGAAGUUACCGACAAACUUUAAAGAAUAAGUACGAAGAAAAAUAUAACGAGGAUUUAAGAAAAGAAGUAAAACGAACAACCUCUAGUUCGUUACAGUACUUGCUGACGAAUCUGCUUCUUGAAACAAAAGAAUUUCUUGUUUUUCUUAUGAAAGAAUACGUUGAUGAAAAACAGUAUAUUCUUUUGUCAGAACUUUUAAAUGCUUGGAAUUCUACAAGUAUCAAUGAAGCGAAGUUACAAUAUCAGCUUGUAUACGGGUCAACAUUUGAAAGUGAUGUGACCAAUUCCCUUGAUGAUCUUGUACCCAAAAGUUUUAAAGAUGUGAUUAUACCUUCAUGUCAGUUACACCGUGACGAAAGCUGUAGAGAGCUCGAUGAUGAGAUCAUCCAAAAAGAAGCGGACAAACUAAGUCAAGGAUCUGAUGAUAUCUCUGCCUUGCUAGUUCAAACAACUUAUAAUGCAGCUACUUUAUCCGCCAUUUUUAAAAGUUACAAAUUGAAGUAUUAUUUGGAUAUUACAGAUAGUAUUGAUAUAGAAUUUCAUGAUGAUACCAAGCGGUUCUUGACCACAAUGGUUCAGGUGUGUGAAGAUUCACCAAAAUAUUUUGCUACUCAACUCAAAGAAGCGAUUAAGAAAAAUGAUGAGAAAAGAUUUAUCAAUAUUCUGAUUGGUCGACAGCAGCUGGACCUGUCGACGAUUUUACAAGCUUACGAAGAAUUGCACGAUGGUCAAACGCUAAUACAAACUGUAUCAAAACAUUUCUCUUCAGAUUUUGGGAAAGCUAUCUGUUUAUUAUUAAAGAAACACACCCAAUAAUAAAACUCUAUUUCAUUGCGUUUUUUUGACCACUUUAAAAUUAUAUCAUGAGAAAAUUGCGCUGGGCUGCAAAUGAAUUUUCUGCAAUCAGAAAACUGAAUAGUUUUUAUUGGUUACUUCUAUUGUUCUUCGCUCACGUGAUCAUUAUAGGGAGAGUCUUUUUUAUUACAUGUUUUGAGCGAAUUGUCAAGUCACUCAAACAAGUGAGAAAUUUGUUCGCGUCUAAGCUUUGGCAUUAGAGGAGAUGAAUUUUAAUAUUUUAGAAGAAAGCUUAGCCAACUAGGCUAGGUUUUAAUAAAAAACGGAUGCAACAAUUGCAGGGGCGGGUUUACUUCUACUACUUCGCAUAUACUUGCAUCAUGGGAAUUUUUCAAUGCGAAAAUUGUGUGUAUCCAAAUAAUGUUUUUAUUAUCCAUCUAAUAAACUUCAUAAGUAAGUUAAUUUCUACGCAGAAGUGUUGCGUAUCACUGUUUUUGUUGCUCCCGAUUCUUUUGUUUUUGUGGUCUCUCUUCCGUCGAUUCAUUCCAAUUGUUUGCUAAUUCUUUCCUACUCAAGAAAAAAUCUUUCUCUAUGCCUAAAAAGUUUAGAAUAAGUUCAAUAACAAGCAGAAGCUGCUUCGUUUUUUCGCCUUCGCC